AUGAUUCCCCGAUCAUUCUUCAGGGCUUCACGGCUCUGCUCUCGCUGCUAUGCAACCAACACGACAACCACACCUCCAAUGCUCCUCAAAAUAAGAAAAGACAUGAAAACCGCCAUGCAAAACAAAGAUUCAAACCGGCUCUCCGUGCUCCGCGCCCUCCUAACACAAACCCUGAACGCCUCCAAGACCUCUCAACCCAUAAAUACAGACAUGCAAAUGCUCGCCCUGCUCCGCAAAUCCGCCAGUGCGUCUCGCGCUGCCGCUGAAGAGUUCAAGGGCGCAGGGAGAGAGGAUCUUGCUGAGAAGGAGGAUUUGCAGGUUAAGAUUAUGGAGGAGUAUGCUGGGGGGGUCGAGACGAUGAGCGAGGAGCAAAUUAGAGAGGCGGUUCAGGGCGUGCUGGCCAAGAUGAAAGCGGAGGGAACGAAGAUUCAGGUUGGUGAUUUGCUGAAGAAGGUGUUUGCGCCAGAGGUGUUGGGGGAGAAACCGGUGGAAAGGGGGGAUGUUGCGAAGAUUGCGAGGCAGCUUUUGGCGGAGACUCCUUAA